UUGAAGUUUUUUUUCUACAGAAAGGAAAAACGUAAGCGUUUAAGUAUUGAACGGAGUACAGAAACAGACGACGAAGAAUCCCCUGACCAAUUCAUUAUGAUAACUUGUAAUAAAUGUGAACAACGUUCUUCAAUUGCUACAGACGAAGUUUUCGAGAAAAUUGUUGAUGAAACAAUUUUACAAGUUAGCGAUGUUGUUCAGCAACAAAAUAACAAACAACAAUUAUUUUCUGAACAUUCUUCUGGGGAAAUUUUGGAAGUAUUACAAGAAGAGCCUGAACUUGCAUUAGCUACUAGCAGUAGAAAUGAAGGAAAUGAUAGGGGAAAUGAAAGAAGAAGCAAAUUUAUUAAUACAAGCAUUCCAAACUUUGAGGAAGUUGAUAUUGAAAGGGAAAAACGAAGCUAUUCUGAGCCUGUUAGUGUUGUUGUACAAGAGCUUAAAGAUCCAAUUACUGAAGAUUUUAAAGAUAUUCCUUCAACUAUCCCUAUAGUUCAUUCCUUGCAUCGAAACUGCAAUGAGCUUUGUAGUGUGGACAUGACUGAUUUUGUUUCGAUUUUCACUAAAGAUGGAAACAAAGAAGACAAUAAUGAAUUUGUUGAAUUUAUACCAAAAAUUGAGGAAACCAAAACAUUUAAAUAUUAUCUAAAAACAACGGCAAACAAAACAAAAUUGUUGUCAAAAUCAAGUGAAUUUCCAAGCAUUUCAUUGUUGAAUGAAGAUAUAGUGUUUUUAAAUAAGAAGGAGAAAACAACACAAAAUGAACAACAAAAACAUUUAGAACAAAAACAUUCUGAAGAGUCGGAACAACAGUUAACUCAAGAAAAACAUUUAGAAAACACCCAACUUUUAGAAAAACAAUUAGACGAACAUUUGAAUCAAGAACAACAAAAACAAAUAAUUUCAGAAGUUUCUCAACAACAUUUACAACAUAAGGAAAAACAUUCUGAACAAAAACAACUAGAAAACAUCCAACAACCUUUACACGAACAUUUAAAUUCUGAACAUUUUUCUGAACAACAAAAUGCUAAACAAACGAAUUUAGAAAUCUCUCAACAACAUUUAGAACGAGAGAAACAUUGUGAAAAACAUUCCGAACAUUCUCAGUUAACUCAAGAAAAACAUUUAGAAAACACCAAACAUUUACAACAAAAACAAUCUGAACAAACAAAUCAACAACAAAUUCAAAAACAUGUUGUUUCUUCUUCUCCAAUGAGUUCUGAUGAGGGAUUAGCAGAAGAAGAAGAAGAAAUGUUUGACGAGUUUGGAGGACAAGAAAUAGAUUUACAAUUACCGUUGGAUAUUGAUGCUGAUAGAUUUUCGAUUGACACGGAUGUUCAGACUGUAAUUUAUGUAGAACAAGAUGGUGGAAUCUCUGGUUACCCCCAAACACGUUCCAGUUCUUCUGAUUCAACAAAAACUCCAAACACAAUUAUUGGGGAUAAUUCAACUACAAAUACUGCAAACAUUGCUGCAGCUGCUGCAGCAGCAGCUGCAACAGCACGUACUGAUGCAUUGCGUAAGCUAUUAACGGAACCACCCCGUAAUAGCGCUGCAACUUCAUCAUUUUUCCAACGUGCAGCAGAUUCUAAUCGUUCAUAUAGGUACUGCAUGUUUUUAUACUAUUUUUACAAUUUGUAA